AUGGAGGGCAGCUCAAUGGAAGUGGACGAUGGAUCAGGGAGCAUUGUGGUCUUGGCGAUGGGGAACAAUUCAGAUGGACAACUGGGAUGUGGGGUGCUGGAUGAUGAUGACGACAAGGUCUUUGAACCUACUUCACUGGGCACCUUCGAAAGCAUCGUGGUGCGCAACUGUGCGAUGUCUUUGAAGCACUCCAUGUGGUUGACCGCUGAUGGUAUCGUCUACAGUGCAGGGGACAACGACUCGGGUCAGUUGGGACGGUCUGGAAAGAGGACGAAACCAUUCAAGAUCGAAUCCAUUGAGCAUCUGCCGGUGGAAAGCGUGGCGGCUGGGAAUGGCUUUACAGUCCUGGCGGGCAAAUUGGACGGUCGUCUGAUGGGCGUGGGCCGCGGAGACCGCGGACAGCUGGGAAUGGGCGGUGCGGAUCGAGACGACAAGGAGAAAGUGAAGUUUUCCCGCGAAGAGAACCAACUGCUGCAGCUGAGUGCUGGGGAAUCCCACUGCAUUGCCUUGAGUAGAUCUGGAAAAGUUUUGGCUUUUGGUGAGAACAGACAUGGACAACUGGGAUUGGGCGACUUUGUGAGCAGCGCAACGCCGAAGCCCAUCGCUUCACUUCACAGCCGGCCGGUGGUGCGUGUUUGUUGUGGUGCGAGUCAUUCCUUAGCCCGGACAGCCAGCGGUUUGCUUUGGGCCUGGGGCUGCAACGAACAUGGCCAGCUUGGCUUGGGAGACACCAAGCCUCGAUUUCACCCUGAGCAGGUGAAAGCUAUGCGCGUGUCGCGCUGUGUGGAUGUGGCGGCGGGCAGCCGACAUACCUUGGCCAUCACAGAGAGGGGUUUGGUCUUCGCUUUCGGAGCUGGUGGAAGUGGACAACUGGGCAGUGGAGGAAUUGCUGAGACCGAGCCAUAUCCCAAAGUGGUGGAGAGCCUUAAGGAGAUUGGAAACUGUCUACAGGUGGCUUGUGGCCACAGCCAUAGCCUGGCGUUGGUGCAAAAUGAAGAGUCCUUGAAAGAGAACGUCUACGCCUGGGGCCUAGGCUCCUCUGGUCAGUUGGGGAUCCCCAAGGAGCAGUUGCAGGACCGGAAACUGUCGCCCCUGCCGCAGAAAGUCCGCUUGGAUCCUGCCCUGCGGGUGGUGAGCAUCACCAGUGGACCUUUGGCGCAUCACAGCUUCCUGGUGAUGCAGCGGCUCGCAGCCAACGGCUACCCCACGUCGAAUGGCGCGGGACCACGAGACUUGAGCCCUCGGAUGGAAGGUGUCCGUUUGAUGCGGCAUUCCCUGCAGACCGCCAUCGACGCGGACGACUUGCUGCGACUUCUGCGGACCCUGCGACCGGGCGAAGCGGGCGAUGCCUCGCAGCAAAGCCAGGCACUGGUGAAGGCGGUGGGUGCUGCUUUCAGCUCCGUCAGCGUGCUGAAUGCCUCGUUCCGGCGCUCUGGAAAGGGGAUCCCACUGGGAAGCAGCGCUGAGUCCAGUGGGGUAGAUCUGCUGAAGGUGAGAAAAGCUUACAACACCUUGGUCUUUGAGUUGAACAACGCAGAGUUGGUGAACACCUUGGGUCGCGCCACGGUCUCCAUUUGCGAUGAGCUCAUGAAACACAAGAUUCCAACAGAUGAUCCGGAAACUUUGUGCGUUUUCCUGGUGGUUUUUGAACAUCCACUUCUGUUGGCGGAGCAUCGGACCUCUUUGUUCGCAGGGUUUCAUGUUGCCCUGCAGCGCCUCACCGCGGCGGUGUUAUCGCUGCCGAAGGAAUCGCAGAAGCUGUUGUUUGGAUGGCUGAAGCACCUUCCCAGCGAAUACUUUGGCCGGGUGGUAGACGUUAUGCAGCAGUACGUCACCUACGUCUUGACACAGCCCGGGCAGAAUCAGGGAGACGUCUCCGCGGCUGUGAUGAUGCUGAAGACGCUGUGGGACGUCAAUGCUGAGAUGGAUGGCAUUCUGCCGGAGUGGUGCUUCCAGAGUUUGGCGAUUUCUCAGAGCGAUCUGCAGGAACACUACCGUCAGUGGCAGCAACAGCAAUCCUUGGUCUUCUCCUACUGUCGUUAUCCGUUUCUCCUGAACGCCUUUGCCAAACGUCGCCUGCUGUCCUUCGAUGUGGAGCUGCGGACGCAAGUCACGUCGCAAGAGAUUUGGGCCAAGACUCUACGAUGUUCGGAAGAGCCGAGCCAAGUGGAAGCCAAGUUCCAGCAGCUCUUGAUCUACAGAGUGCGAAGAGAGCACGUCUUUUCGGACUUCUGUGGGCAGAUCUGGUGGCGCAUCCAGAACAUGCCUGAGUGUUUGUGUCUGCCGUUGACGGUGGAUUUCCUUGGUGAGCAGGGCAUCGAUGCGGGUGGUCUGCGAAAGGAAUGCUUGCAUCUGGUCUUGCGGGAACUCUACAGCACUCAGUUUUUCAGCGAAUUGGAGGAGUGUCCUGGACUUCUGUGGUUUCAACCUGGCGGAAUGGUGGCCUCCAUCCACUCGGAGGCCCCUGAAGCGGCCAAUGUGCUCUAUGAUGGGACUUGGCCGGAGCAUCUAGCUGAAGUGGCUGGAGCGAUCGUGGGCCUCGCUGUCUACAAUGCGAUCUACUUGGAUUUCAGGGUACAUCCACUGAUGUACCGAUUCCUGGUGCAACGGACCGUGAGCUCCAAUCUCGAGGACCUGCAGAGUCUUCAUCCAACUCUGUACAGAUCGCUUAGGACUUUGAGAAAGCAUGAUGUCCGAUCUUUGUGCCUAAGCUGGUCAGUCCGUUUGCCGGGUGCCGCGGAGGACACCGCCCUGGCGGGCAGAUCCGGCGACGUGGAGCCCGAAGAUCUGGAGCUCUUCAUCCAGCAGUAUGCGCAGGCUGCGCUGCAUGGUGGCAGCGAAGAUCGGAUCUCGGCCUUCGUGAAAUCAGCGUUGCUCUGUAUGGCCGUGGGUCCAGCCUUUUCCCUGUGCACCGCGAACGAUUUGGAACUCUUGAUCUGUGGCCUACCUGGGCUAGCAGCAAACUUUCGGGAGCUUGAACAGAGCAGUGUCUAUGCCAAUGGUUACCACGCGGAUCAUCCUGUGGUGAGGGUCUUCUGGCGUGUGGUUCAUGCCAUGCCUGAGAUCUGGCGCCGAAAGUUGCUGCUCUUCUGUACGGGUUGCGAUCGAGUGCCCAUCCUGGGCUUGAAAGCAUUGAACUUCGUGGUCUCCAGAAGUUCAGUGGAGUUGGAUCAUCUACCAACGGCCAACACCUGCAUCAACCAGCUGAACCUCCCGGAAUACCCCACGGAGGAAAUGAUGCUGAUCCGUCUGCGGGCGGCACUGGAGCACUACACCGGCUUUGGCUUCGCGUAG